UUGUCAACUCAUUUUGUAAAUAAAAAUGGCUACGUUGGAGUUCCCUUUGCACCAAAGUGUUUUCAAGAAUGAUGUUAAAAGCGUUUCAAAACUUAUACGAACUUGUGAUGUAUCACAGAAGGAUAUUCACGGUAAUACACCACUCCACAUUGCAGUCAUGUUGGGUCACAAAGAGUGCAUUCAUUUACUGCUGGCUCAUCAUGCACCUGUCAAAAUAAAAAAUGCCCUUGGCUGGACACCUUUAGCAGAAGCCAUUAGUUAUGGAGACAGACAGACAAUUCUUUCUGUCCUGCGCAAGCUGAAACAACAGUCAAGGGAAACUUUAGAAGAGAGGCGGCCAAUGUUGGUUCAAGCUCUUAAAGAUAUUGGCGACUUUGACCUAGAACUAAAGUGGGAUUUUCAAAGCUGGGUGCCUCUAGUCUCCAGAAUUCUACCUUCAGACAUUUGUAAAAUACGUAAAAAGGGUUCAAAAAUUAGGUUGGACACUACGUUGGUGGAUUUCACAGAGAUGCGCUGGGAGAGAGGGGAUAUAACAUUCUUAUUCAACGGUGAUGCUAAACCAAGACAAAGUCUCACUGUGCUAGAUAACAAAGCUGAAGUUUACCAGAGAGUAAGAUAUGAGGACAGUGAAUUAGAAUUAGAAGAGGAAGUUGAUAUUUUAAUGAGUAGUGAUAUAGUUGCAGCUCAGAUGUCAACCAAGAAAAUUACUUUCACCAGAGCACAAAGUGGAUGGCUAUUUCGAGAAGAUAAAUCUGAACUAGUAGGGGACUACAAGUCAGAUUUUUAUGGUGUCAACAAUUUAAUACUGGAAUCCAAAAAGAGGCGGGAACAUUUAUCAACUGAAGACAUUCAGAAGAACAAAGCUAUUAUGGAAAGCUUUAGCAAAGGCUCUUGGGAUGGUGCAGAAGCAACCAACGGACUAGAGAGACGCAGAUCAUUACAGCCUCCAGAACCAAUUAGGUUUGGUUGGACGGACUACAUCACAGCACCAGCAGGAAAUCCACCUUGUUUGGGACGUCAGUGGAUUUCUAAAGAAAGCUCAAAGGCUUUUAAGGCUACAGUAGCUAUGAGUGAUACUUUUCCGAUGACUGUUGAAGUUUUACUUGAUGUACUCGAAGUUGUGGCCCCUUUCAAGCAGUUUCAAAAAUUGAGAGACUUUAUGACUUCUAAAUUGCCACCUGGCUUUCCUGUUAGAAUUGAAAUUCCAGUUUUCCCAACCAUCACUGCUAAAGUUACGUUCACAAGCUUUGAGUGGAGAAAUGAUUUGGACAAAAACUUGUUUGUUGUGCCAUCCCACUACAGGGAGGACCCUGGACGUUUCUCAGACUUGUGACAAUACAUGGAACUCUACCUCAUGCAUAUCAUCUGUAGC